AUGUACAAGCAUCCAAAAUAAUAGAAAUAAAUGCAGACAAUAUAUAGGAUAUUUGACAGGGAAUGUGAAAAAAGCACGACAGAAGUCGACAGUUUAUUUAUGAACUUGGAAACUAGUUGAAAAAACUGUUUCAGCGUGCUUGUUCUGGAGCUUCCAACUCUAUCACAUGGUCCUCAACAGCAGAUUGAGUUUGCUCUGUUGCCAUUGAGCUGUAGAUGUUCAAACUUUGCAUGCUUCAUGUCAAUCUUCAAAAGUUAACAUAGAUGAGAAGUCCCAUGGCUCAGUUGCUGUGGCAAUUUAGCAAACUUAAUCUGCUGAUCAGGACCAUGUGAUACAGCUGAAAGUUAGUAGUCCAGCCCAAAACACAUUACAAUCUUAUCCUCUUUUAGCAACACAGAACAAGGCACUGGCUGUUGUUUAUGUUAGAAAGGGGUUUUUGGAAAAAGCUGGAUUAUGGUCCUAUAAACUGGUAGUGGGUAAAUGCCCCUGGAAGAAACCACAAGCGACCAGCCAAUUGCUGGUAAAAUAUGCAAAUGAAUGGUAUAUUUACUUCACUCUUCAACGAGAAAACUAUGGUAAUCUAUUGAGUAACUGAUAGCCUACACUUUGAACAUUCAGCCGUUUGGCUGGUGGACAAAAAGAUUUGCACCCUGGCCCCCAGACAAUCAGCCGCCUCAAAGGCUCCCGGUUCACUUCUUGACAAUUAGUUUGUGGUAAUUUGGAUAAUUGCUCUGUGUUUAGUAAUAUGCACCACUAAAGCCCAAUAUAAAUUAAAUGGUAAUUUCAGGAGACACUUGCACCGUCUCAUUGAGAGGCCCUUUUAUUAUUUUAUUAUAUAUUUUAAUUCCACUAAUAUUUCACCUGAUAUUAUGUUUACAUUGUGCUUAUUCUUAAAUGAAUUACCAAUUAAUCAAAUUAUAACCAUACUAACUUGGGGAUGAGGGGGUCUGAAUUGGGAAUGAGACUUGAGAUUUCACCUUGAACAAGGAGAACUAUGAUCAGUGAACGCAGCGUCCGGUUGAUGAAACUGAGCGCUCCGAAGCGGCUUGAAUGGGGAAGCACCGGGAAGCACAGACUUAAAGCACGAUGAGAUCCAGCGACAGAGAUACAUUUGUAGACCUGUAAUCUGCUUUCUGCAGAAGACGCGGUUAAAAUUACUAUGAAUGCAACAUGUUCGCAUCAGUCCCCCAAAAAACAGCCUUUAUGAAUCAACCUGAUCUUUAACUAACUUUUCGUCCAAAUGAUUAGGAUUUAAUUGACACGUGUUUAUUCACCUUGUAAUAUAUCCCCCUCUCUCCCCCUCCGCCUGUCUCCCACCAUCACCACCGCCAAAUUGGGAGCCAGUCUCUAUGACAACGUAGUACAGGCGGGGUUUGCCAGCUGGAGGCAGAGUCAAUCAGCCCUCAGUUGGCAUCACCGCUCGAAACCUCCACACCGCAUCACGCCCUGAGUGGAAUGGAAGAAAAGGACAAGAAAGAUCAUGGGGAGUAUAACGGAGAGAUAAAGGGUGGGCUGCGGCCUUCAAUGAAACUGGUUGUUAUGGGAAUUAUAAACAAAAAACCCAAGAGUAUUGAGGUGACCCUGUCCAGUAAGCCUCUGGAGGAGGACACAGAGGGUGACGUGGGACUUCAGCUGAAGGUGAGCUUCAUGGAUAAGGCUGUCCAACGCAACGCCCGCCUGGCUGGAAAGUGGGGUCCAGCAGAAAAUACCCUCUCCUUCUUUCCUUUUGCACCUGGAGAAUCCUUCAAGAUGGAGAUUGUUUGUGAGCACCAGCAGUUUCGUAUCUUGGUGGAUGGACAGCCUCUGUGUGGAUUCACCCACCGGCUCUCCCAGCUCGCCUCCCUCACUGCCUUACGAGUCUUUGGAGAUCUACAGCUCACCAAGGUGGCCUAACACCAGCGUCUUACCAACAGAGAAAGGAACAUACAUAAGAAUGUUCUGGGACAGUAUACAAAAACAUAAUAUUAGAAUAGAGAAACUUUUUGAGUGAGUAAAUUAAACCACGAUGAGGAUGUUGUGUCUCCAGUUCCGAAUAACAUUACACCUGCCUCGUAAUCCCGUGCUAAAUCAAAGUGCCUUCACUAGAUUACCUGUUUGGAGACUUGAAGAUAGUGACUGAAUGUUACAGUCAUCAAUGUCUUAAAUAAACUGAAGAAUGUGAUUUGAACUGAAGUUUAUUAAGUUUUAAGCUAUAACAUUUUCCCUUAAUGGAUAUUUGUACAAACAUGAUGUGUCACUGAAGAAAAAGAGUGCUGCAUCAGAUCUUUGUGCAUUAAAAUCUCAGACAUUUGUCUUUGAUUUCUCUGGAGUUAACCUUUGAAAGCACUUACGUUUACGAGCGCGCCCGCAUGAAGAUGAAUGUUCCUGAAAUCAAUUGAUUGUCAUUCUGUACCCGACUAAGUACUGUAACAGGUGUAACAAUGUAAAACAAUUUCAGUAGCCUACAUUAGUGCAUGCCAAUAUUACACAGGAUGUGUUAUUCCUCUCAGUUUGCCUCCAGAUUAAACACAAAGCUGGAAGGAUUAGGUUAUGUCACACUUUCUGUUAUUCUACCACUAUUAACUUAAGCUUUAAAAAAGCUAUUAACGGCCACUAGUUUCUGUACUUUCCUUUUAUCCUUAGCACUUUUUAGUUGAAUCUUUCAUAUUGACUUUACUGCAAUAAAUCACUUUUGUUGUUA